CGCCGGGGGGCGCAGGCCGCGCUCUCUGACAUCUGAAAGCCGCGCCGCAGUGCGUUGACGUCGACUCUGCGCCGCCACCGCAACGUCUGGUCCUGACUGACCCCGAGCAGCGGCGACAAUGGAGGCGCGGAUACAGCAGCUGGGCCGGUGUAUGACCCUUGUACUCACCGCUACGAUGAGAAGGAACUUUUCGACACUACCCAACGGCGAGGUCCGUAUUGCAAAUAUUUUGAAGAAGACAUUUCCACAAGCUUCAGUGGUCAAGGUUGUGGAUAUUUCAGGAGGUUGUGGAGCCAUGUAUGAAGUUCAUGUUGAAUCAGUGGAAUUUAAAGGAAAACGAGUUGUGCAACAGCACCAGAUGAUCAACCAGGCGCUGAAAGAUGAAAUCCAAGCUAUGCACGGACUGAGGAUAUUUACCGCUGUUCCUAAGUAGCGCGACGGAGUGGAGAGGCGUUGGCAGAAUGGAGCAGAAAGUGGACCAAACCGAAUCGAGACUGCAGCCAGUGCGUGAAUUGUACGGGUCUGAACAGGGAGGAGAUCUUGUUGUGUGCUGGGAACAUCUACCCAGACACAUUAAUUACUCUGUUGUACUCGAGACUGAUUGUCCAGUAGCACCUCAGGGUAUUAAUAAUGAACUGUACCACAUCUACUGUAUAAGUGAAAAAGAAAACCCGUUAAAAAGAGAGUAUAUUCCAAACACCAUGUCACUUCUCUGGGUAGCAGACCAGGAGCGAUAUUCUUUGCACUGCAUACAGUAGAAUACAAAUGGUGAUGCUUGGAGCUGCUGGCAAUGUGCAGCAGGCAAUUCAGCUGCUGAACAGGGAGAACACAGGGUAAUGUUUGCAGCAACAAGAGUUAUCGGUCAGUCUAAAAUUUACUGGCUGGAUGGGUGGGGCACUAUCUUGCAAAGGCACCAGUGAGGAACACUGACUGUAUCUCAGAGACAAGAUUAACAGGGUUACGAUUGCAUGGAUCAGACAGAUGAACAGGAGCCAGCCACAUUCUUGGCUUAUGCUCUGUAUCCACAACAGGAACUGCCUGUUCAAACUAACCUCAAACCUGAGCCUGUUUAUUUUCUCUUUCCAGAACUGCUCAUUUCUAAUCUGCUGAUUUCUACUGUGUUUUACUGCCAACUAAUGAUAAAUAUGAUUUCAUUUAAAGCUUGGAUAGGCAUUAGAAACAUAGAAAAUAGGUUCAGGAGGAGGCCACCACCAUUCAUUGUGAUCAUGGCUGAUCAUCCACAAUCAGUAACCCGUGCCUACCCUCCUAAUAUCCCUUGAUUCCACAAGCCCCUAGAGCUCUAACUAACUCUCCUUUAAAUUAAUCCAGUGACUUGGCCACUACUGCCUUCUGUGGCAGAGAAUUCCACAAAUUCACAACUCUCUGGGUGAAAAUGUUUUUUCUCAUCUCAGUUUUAAAUGGCCUCCCUUUUAUUCUUAGACUGGCCCCUGGUUCUGGACUUCCCCAACAUUGGGAAUAUUUUUCCUGCAUCUAGGUUGUCCAGUCCUUUUAUCAUUUCAUAUGUUUCUAAAUCCUUCUGAAUUCCAGUCCAGUCUUUCCAAUCGUUCCUCAUAUGACAGUCCUGCCAUCCUGGGGAUAAACCAUGUGAACAUACGUUGCACUGCCUCAAUAGCAAGGAUGUCCUUCCUCAAAUUAGGAGACCAAAACUGUGCACAAUACUCCAGAUGUGGUCUCACCAGGGCCCCGUGCAGAAGGACUUCUUUACUCCUAUACCCAAAUCCUCUUGUUAUGAAAGCCAAUUAGCUUUCUUCAUUGCCAGCAGUACCUACAUGUUUACUUUCAGAGUCUGGUGUACAAGGACACCCAGGUCUCGCUGCACUUCCCUUUUUCCUAAUCUGAUAAUAAUCUGCCUACCUGAUCUUCCCGCCAAAGUGGAUAACCAUACAACCUCCUAGCAUCCUCUUCGCAGUUCCACCGCCACCCAGCUUUGUGUCAUCUGCAAAUUUGCUAGUGUUACUUCAAAUUCCAUUAUCUAAAUCAUUCAUGCAUAUUGUAAAUAGUGCGGCCCCAGCACUGAGCCUUGCGGUACUCCACUCGCCACUGUCUGCCAUUCUGACAGGGACCUAUUUAUUCCAACUAUUUGUUUCUUGUCUGCCAACCAAUUCUCUAUCCAUGUCAACACCCUAUCCCCAAUACCAUGUGCUCUAAUUUUGCCCACUAAUCCCUGUGGGACCUUUUCAAAGGCUUUCUGGAAGUCCAGAUACACUACAUCCACUGGCCCUCCUUCAUCCAUUUUACUUGUCACAACCUCAAAUAAUUCCAGAAGAUUAGUCUUUCUUCUUCAUAAAUCCAUGCUGACUUGGACCAAUCCUUUGUUCUGGUUAAGUUGCACUGACUGAACAGGUUAAGAAACGGGCACUUGAUCUGCCUGUUUACUCAGACGAGAGGAGUGAAUGUGGUUUGUUUCUUUUGUCUAUUGGUGGGUUUGGGAAAAGCAAUUGAGUGCUGGAGCGCACAAAAAUAAUGUGAUGGUAUUUGAACAGUUUAGAUAUUCAAUAUUACAAAAGGCUGCAUCAGUAUUUUGUUUAAAAACUUAUCAUGAGGGCUGCACAAUGACGCAGCUGGUAGAACUGCUGCCUCAUAGUGGUGCAACUGGUAAAGCUGCUGCCUCACAGCGCUAGAAACCCGUGUUUGAUUCUGACCUCGGGUGCUAUGUGGAGCUUGAACGAUUUCCCUGUGACCUCGUUCGUUUCCUCCCGCAUCCUAAAACCGUGCAGGUUUGUCAGUUGGUUGGUCUUUGUAAAAUAGUGUAGGAGAUGGAUGCAAAAGUGGGAUAACAGAACUGGUAUGAACGGGUAAUUGAUGCACUCGGUGGACCAUAGAGCCUGUUUCUAUGGUGUAUCUUUAAACUGAACCAAACUAAAUUUGUUUUCCUUGGUCAUCAUUAUUGGUAGGCUUGUGUGGGGGUUAUCUUUUAUCAGGAGACUUGAGGAUGAGGCUGUUAUUGAGUCGCUCUUUUAACUGUGGCCAUGUCACUCAUCUUGGGGCAUUAAACGCUCUCAGAGAUUACCACCUCUCUCCCCUCUAUUGUAUAAACUCUUGUGAAGAGAUGGCGCUUCUCUUAUUUAAAAAUAAUUUUCCUCUAUGAACAGAAUAACACACACUCAGCCCCAAAAGCACAUACAUCGUGUAUGUCUGACACUACUCAAGCCCAAUUCAAUGACUAACAUUAUAUUCUUCUUCCAUUUUAAGGAGCUUUUAGUACAGGUGAGUUACGGGCAGACAUGGGUCAGUCGUUCAGCCCCAUAGAGUCACUGGGGUGGAUGUUAUCUUGAAUGUACAAUCUUGCGGACUUUUUGAGAAUUGAAUGCUGUAUGUUAUCAGUGAUCACAGGCUGCUAAAGUUGAAGGAGAGAGAGGGGAAAAGAGUGUUGGAGCGCACAAAUAUAACAUGAUGGUCUUUGAAUUCUUUAGAUAUUCAAUACUACAGAAGGCUGCAUCUGUAUUUCAUUUAAACAGUUAACAUUCCUUAACUUUUUAAAUGCCAUUUCCAGUGUUGAACUGUAUAGAGCUUUUUUAAGGAGAGAAAUAAUUAAAAUGUGCGUUGCCCUCA